UACCUUCUGUCCGCUAUAUAAAGUGCGCACAGCGGCCAGAGCUCCCAGCCUUAGUGGACAGCUCCGUGGUGCUGAAACCUCAGAGACACCACUCAUCAAGCCACUGCACACGGCUGGAACCAUGGCCGGACUCUGGUGGAAACUUUGUUUACUUUGUUGCCUGGUUGUUAUGGAGAGCUCCGCGCAAGACUUCGGACAAACGCAGUUUAUUUGCACGUCGGUACCCAAGGAUAUGGACUUGUGCACGGCUACGAUGCAGAACAGCGGGCCGGCGGAGGACAUGAAGACCACGGUGAUGCAGCUAAGGGAAACCGUGCUGCAGCAAAAGGAGACCAUUAUGAACCAAAAGGAGACAAUCAGGGAACUAACGUCCAAGUUGAGCCGCUGCGAGAGUCAGAGCUUCCCGGCGGCGGCGGGACCCGGUGGGAGGCGGCCGGGGUCGAAGAACACGAUGGGUGAUGUGUCCCGGGGCACCACGGAAACUCUGGCCCAGUUGGGACAGACUUUACAGACGCUCAAACAGAGACUGGAGAACCUAGAGCAAUACAGCCGAGGGAACAACACCGCGCAGGCGAACAGCCUGAAAGAUCUGCUUCAAAACAAGAUAGACGACAUGGAGAAACAGGUUCUGUCCCGGGUCAACACGUUAGAGGAGACCAAGCCGGGCUCCAAGAAUGACAGCGAGCAGCGGAACAGAGUCGAGAGCACUCUCACCUCUCUGCACCACCGGAUCACAGACUUGGAGAAAGGCAAAGACACCAGGCCAACAGAUAGGUUCCAGCUCACCUUCCCCUUGAGAACCAACUACAUGUAUGCAAAAGCCAAGAAGAGCCUCCCUGAGAUGUAUUCAUUCACCGUGUGUCUGUGGAUCAAGUCCAACGCCUCGCCUGGGGUGGGGACGCCCUUCUCCUAUGCUGUCCCGGGUCAGUCCAAUGAGCUGGUCCUGAUCGAGUGGGGGAACAACCCUAUGGAGAUUCUCAUUAAUGACAAGGUUGCAAAGCUUCCAUUCCUCAUCAAUGAUGGAAAAUGGCACCACCUCUGCAUCACGUGGACCACCCGGGACGGGUUGUGGGAGGCCUUCCAGGAUGGAGUGCUGCGAGGCAGUGGGGAAAAUCUGGCACCGUACCACCCCAUCAAACCGGAGGGAGUGCUGGUCCUGGGACAAGAGCAGGAUACAUUGGGAGGAGGUUUUGAUGCGACACAAGCUUUUGUUGGUGAGCUAGCACACUUGAAUAUCUGGAAUAGAAAGCUUUCUGCCGCUGAGAUCUACAACUUGGCAACCUGCAACAGCAAAGCACAGGCUGGCAUCGUCUUCUCCUGGACGGAGAGCAACAUCGAAAUAUUUGGCGGCACAACCAAAUGGACCUUUGAGCCUUGCCGUUCACUCAACUGAACUGCAUUUCACUGUUCAAGAAAGGCCUCUUUGUAUUUCUGAGCUUUUGUCAUUCUUGUCUUCAUUUGACGUUUGUUAGAGACUGUUUGAGUUGUUGGUAAGCUUAAAUCUGGGAUUUCUAUCAUUCUUAGGUAUUUAUGUGCAAAACAACCCUUUUCAUCUUGAGGAAAAAAAAUCUAGUUCUUCUUGGGAAACCUCAGUGAGAAAGUAUUGGUAUCUGUUGCUCCUUUUUUCUGGGACAUUCAUUUAAAAGUGCACCUAAACUUUUCCUUUUGGCUUAUUUCAUCUUGGACUGGCAGCUGGCAAUCGGCGCCUUAUGUCUGGACAAUUCACAGUUUAAAGUGAGGAAUUACAUAACCGCCCCCACUCCCUUCCCCCUGGAUAGUGGGAGAUUACGCUGUCCGUCCAAUUCUUGUCAGUGUUUGGCGCUGUGAAGUGAUGUCUGAUGCGGUUUGGCUCCCUGCAAACUCCUCCACCUCCAUCCCCAACGCCCCCACUCUGCUCCACCCUUCCGGAACUUGCACUGUGACUGAAGAAGAGAACGCCUGGAGAGGAGGGCAUAUGCUGAAGGACACUGCAAAGUCAGACUGUGGUACAAGUCCAUUUGUAGUCGCUGUUCGCUUCAAGUGUUUCUGUAAGAAUGUCGUUAACUUGCCAACAUUGCUACAAAGUCUGGGUGCCUUGGGCUGGUACAAGUAUUCAGCACAUUUAGUAUGUUUUCAGUUGCAUAUUCAAUGUUUAUCGGUUUCUGUUUUUUCUUUCUUCUGAGCUGGGUUGAGUUUCUUGUUCUUCUGGUAAAUGUUAUUUAAUUACACUUUGUUAACUGACAUGAUGUGUUUUGGCAGGUGUUUGUACUACUCUGUAUUAGGAAUGUUACAGUAUCUGUAUAGUAACAGCAUGAAUGACAGAGUGCUGUGGAAGCAUUGUUGAAAUCUGCUUUACUAUCUUCUCUGGGUCUGGGUUUUUUACUGUAUUGUUAUAUGCUCCAAGCAUGGCAAAACUGAGAGAUGAAGAAUUUAAUUUUUGUAAUAAAAUUGUGAUACUUAAUGUCA